AUCACAAAAUAUCUCAAACUCUUCCCUAUAAGUAUCAUUCUUCAUUUCAUUAAUCUCCACAAUUCAAACACAAGCGUAUUUCAUUUAAGUACCUUUAUUUGAAGAAGGAAAAAAAAAGGGCGAAGUUCGGUAACUAUUCUCAAUUCUUUUUGAGAGGUUCUUGCCGUUCGAGCCUUUAAAAAAAAAAACCCUAAAAAUCAAAAUGGAGAUGAAGAAGAUCGCUUGUGCCGCCCUCGUCGCCGCCGCCUCAAUGAGCGCGGUCUUGGCUCUGGAAGCACCCGCUCCGGCCCCGGCAGCACACAGCGGAGCCGAUGCUGCAUUGCCCGCCGUCGGAACCCUAGUCGGUGCCUCCCUCUUGUCCUUCUUUGCCUACUACAUGCACUAAAUUGCAUGUUCAUCAAUUUCCUUCAUUCAAAGGAGAUUGAAGGAUGUGAUGCAUGCCUUUCAUGAUGAAAAGGAGAUAGGAGUGUAAUAGUAAUAAGAAAUUAAAAAAAAAAAAAAACCACAUUUGUUUUAGCUAGAUAUGAAAAAUGUAAAACCGAAAAUGUUCUUUUAUUGAUUUAUGCCAUGGAAUAAAGGGAUUAUUUUCCCAUUACACUCUUGUGCGUUUCUCCUUUUCUUUGUUUGUGCGUCUCUCUCUCUCAUAAUUUGUUUUUUUAAUUUCCCUCCCAAAAUAAUAGUCAUCUUUAUAUUGUAUCAGUUAGUUUACAUUAACAAACAAGAUUAUCUUGAUUUGACAUAAGGAACACAAUUUAUAGCAAUAAUUUUUCAGAAGUGAGAAACAAUAUGUUACAUACGGUGAUGCACGAGUUGAGAUAAGUUUUUUUUUUGUCUUAUUAACGUAAAUGUGUGAUUUUUUGGGCGGGGAUCGGGUUCAUAUCAUUUGAUCCUGUUGAAUUACUGAUAUUCGUCCAUUACUUCUAAAUGAUGCAGUGAUGCACUAUAAUAUGUAGACAAAAUACUUACAAAGGAG